GUGACGUCUUCUCGAUCCCCGCCCCUCUGGUAAAUAGCUCCAUUCUAGCAUCUCGUCCACGUCACACACGGACAUGCAACCCGGCUUCUUCAUAGACAGCAGAGCGCAGACACCGGGGAUCUGAACGAUGGAUAUGGACGCGUUACGUCAGCGUGCAGCCAAGGCUGGGCAGAGCCACGUCUUGCAGUUUUGGGACGAGCUGUCAGAAGUUCAGCGUUCUCACUUGUUGGAGGAGAUAAAGAACUUGGACUUUUUGGAAUUAAAUGGAUUUUUCCAUAAAGCUAUGGAUGCAUUUUCAGCUUCAUCUUCGCAAGAAAAAGUAGAUGCCAGGAUGGAGGCUGUACCUCAGGAAGUACUUGGCAGUGCCACCAGAGACCAGCAGCAUCUUCAGCAAUGGGAAGCUCAAGGUUUUCAUCAGAUUGCAGAUGGUAAAGUGGCUGUUCUGCUGCUAGCUGGUGGACAGGGAACACGCCUUGGCGUGUCAUACCCAAAGGGUAUGUAUGAUGUCGGACUGCCCUCUCACAAAAGUCUCUUCCAAAUACAAGCCGAGCGAAUCUUAAAGCUGCAGGAAUUGGCAAAGGAACGACAUGGGAAGGACUGUGUUAUUCCUUGGUAUAUCAUGACCAGUGGCCGUACCAUGGAAUCUACCCAUGACUUCUUUAAGAAGCAUCAAUAUUUUGGCCUAAAAGAAGAAAACCUUAUCCUUUUCCAGCAGGGGAUGCUGCCGGCGAUGAGUUUUGAGGGGAAGGUCCUUAUGGAGGAGAAGGGCAAACUAUCCAUGGCUCCAGAUGGCAAUGGAGGUCUGUAUAGAGCCUUGGGUGCACACGGAGUGCUGAAGGACAUGGAAAAGAGAGGAAUCGAGUACAUUCAUGUAUACUGUGUAGAUAACAUUUUGGUGAAGGUGGCUGAUCCAGUGUUUGUUGGAUUUUGUGUGACCAAGGAGGCAGAUUGUGGAGCCAAGGUGGUGGAGAAGAUGAAUCCCACUGAGCCUGUUGGUGUAGUUUGCCGCGUAGAUGGUGUGUACCAGGUUGUGGAAUACAGUGAGAUCACACUGUCUACAGCACAGAAGAGGAGUACAGAUGGAAGACUCAUGUAUAAUGCUGGCAACAUCGCCAACCAUUUCUUCACAAGACGGUUCCUACAGCAAGUAGUGGAGGUCCAUGAGCCUCAGCUCCAGCACCAUGUUGCAGUGAAGAAAAUCCCUCAUGUGGACACACAGGGUGUGCUAAUUCACCCGGAUAAACCCAACGGAAUAAAGAUGGAGAAAUUUGUCUUUGACAUCUUCCAGUUUGCCAAGAAAUUUGUGGUAUUUGAAGUUUUACGUGAAGAAGAGUUCUCCCCUUUGAAAAAUGCUGAUAGCCAAAAUGGAAAGGACAACCCCAGUACUGCCCGCCAUGCACUUAUGUCACUGCAUCACUGCUGGGUCCUCAAUGCUGGCGGACACUUUGUGGAUGAGAAUGGCACCUGGAUCCCUGCAAUUCCUCUCCAAUCCAGAAAAGAGAAUGGAAGCGCACAGGACAAGACUGAGACUACCAUGCAGGAUGCUGGGGAUGUGCCCAUUCAGUGUGAGAUUUCUCCACUUGUCUCUUAUUCUGGAGAGGGCCUGGAGCCUUAUGUGAAGAACAAGGAGUUGCAUGCACCUCUUACAAUAGAUGAAACCGGAAUUCACCAGUUGGUGAGGAAUGGCCUCUAGGAGCCCCGACUUGUUCACAUUCUACAUAUUUAUGGAUGAAAUCAAUAGGUACUUGAAAAAUGAUACUUUUGGAUCUUUCUGCUCAGCCUCUGACAUUGCAGAACAUUUUAGCUUACAUUUUAAUGCCAAAUCUUGGAAGAAAAUUGACGUAUUUAUAGGGGGGUUAGUGUGGGGGGGGG